AAUGAUGCUUCAUUGUCUCUGCUAAUAAUAACAUAGAAAGAGAGAGAGAGAGAGAGAGAGAAAUAGUCUGACCUCAAUGCAACUCAGCUUCUGAAAACCAAACCUUCCAAUAGAAAAAGCUGUGAAAGGAUGCCAGGGAAACCAGAAACUGAUGAUUGGAGAAUAGAGCAUAGUGAGCAGGUUCAGUUGCCAUCUUCCAUUUACUCUCAUCAUCAGCCUUGGUGGCUUGAAAAUGGCUCCAAACCAUCUUCAGCUGAUCAGCUAAAUGGUUCAAUCAUGAAUGAUGUCACACAUUCAGAGCCUUUGGUUUCUCCUUCACUUUCUUUAACUGAUAACUCAGGCGGGGACGUUGCCAAGGAGCACCGAAACAUCAAACACACCCUGUCCUCAACCACAGCUAGCAUGGACAAACACCUUUAUCCAAAUUCGCAGAGGGAACUUGUUGGUCAUUCGAUUGUUUUAACAUCUCCUUAUUCAAACGCACAAUUCGGUCAAAUCUUGAAUGCGUAUGGACAACAAGCUAUGAUGAAUCCUCAGCUAUACCAAAUGCAUCAUGCUAGAAUGCUUUUGCCACUUAAAAUGGAAGAGGAGCCUGUGUAUGUCAAUGCAAAGCAGUAUCAUGGUAUUUUGAGACGAAGACAGUCGCGCGCUAAGGCUGAACUUGAAAAGAAAGUUAUUAAAGUUAGAAAGCCAUAUCUUCAUGAAUCCCGUCACCAACAUGCUUUGAGAAGGGCAAGGGGAAAUGGCGGCCGUUUUCUCAAUACAAAAAAGCCCGAACACAACGAUUCUAAUGCCGCUCUAGAAAAAGGCAACAAUACUGGCACAACAUCGGGUACCAACAAUGAGAAUCAAGGCUCAUCUAAUGUGUCGCAGCACAUGCACAAAAUGCAGGGUUUCAACAUCGGUUACCAUGAUGGAAAUGGCUUUACAGCACUAUGUCAUUCACAGGCAAAUGGAAAACAGGAGGGUGACUUCUUUGGUAAAAAGAGGGAAUCAAAUGGUGCUAUUAAAUGACCCUCAUACCGCACGAGGUGAAGAUGAAGGGCUUUGCCUCAUCCAACUCAUGAUGCUGUAAUUCGAAGGCAACUCAUUCUUGGCUAAAUUAGAUAGACUACAGUGGUGAAACCAGUGGCAUGGUACACGUCAUGCCUCGUUCAGUCUCCCCUUACUUGUGUUUCUCUUUACAUUCCAUUUGCAAAAUGAGUGAGACAAAUAAAAGAAAAAUCACUUUGGUUUGUGAACUUUACAACAAGAAUCACUUGUGUGUCAUAUACUCAUAUAUACUCCUCAAAAUCUUAAACCUUUGUUUUAUCCUAUUUAUCCUUCCACACAUUAUCUUUGAAUGGAAAGUUAGACUUUUGUUCCAUAAA